GCCCCGCCCCCGCCCCAGCUUCUUUUAGGUGCCGGGCUCCCGGGCUGAGGCGCUCGCUUCUGUUUCCCUGCCCCUCGCCGUAGCCCUUUCUGUCCGCAGCACCUCGGCCGGCGGCUGCGGCGGCGACCCGAGCAGAAGCGAGCGUGGGAGCAGGCGGCCUGAAGGAUGAAGUGCAAGCCCAACCAGACGCGGACCUACGACCCCGAGGGCUUCAAGAAGCGGGCGGCGUGCCUGUGCUUCCGGAGCGAGCGGGAGGACGAGGUGCUGUUAGUGAGUAGCAGCCGGUACCCGGACCGCUGGAUCGUGCCGGGCGGGGGCUUGGAGCCCGAGGAGGAGCCGGGCAGCGCGGCGGUCCGAGAGGUGUUCGAGGAGGCGGGAGUCAAAGGGAAGUUAGGCCGGCUCCUGGGCGUCUUCGAGCAGAACCAAGAUCGCAAGCACAGAACGUACGUGUAUGUCCUGACUGUCACUGAGAUUCUAGAGGAUUGGGAAGAUUCGGUGAGCAUUGGGAGGAAGCGAGAGUGGUUCAAAGUCGAAGAUGCGAUCAAGGUCCUCCAGUGCCACAAGCCCGUGCAUGCCGAAUACCUGGAGAAACUAAAGCUGGACGGUUCCGCCACCGGUGGAAACUCCGUGGCCCUGUCCGUGCCGGGGAGCGACCCCUAAUGAACAGCAAAGAUGUUCAGGAUUGCUUUGAAAGAAUCAUUAAUGUGAACCAUCGAGCAAUGGAAUUGUCAAGUACAGGUGAACGCUCCCAGGUUUCCUCGGAGAUAGCUCAUCUGGGUUUCCUCCUACAUCUUGGGACAGCCCAUCCCUGUCUGUUUCACUGACUCCUCUUGCCCUGGUUGUUGUACUGUUGUAUGUGAACAGACUCUUAGAUCAGCGCCUAUAGCCUUUUGUUGUGCUUUUUUGACAUGUCUGCCUUCUCCAUUAGACUAUGAUAUCCUUGAGACCAAGGACCAUGUUUCCUUACUCUUUGUAUAUUCCGCAUCUGAGACACUACUUGAAAUAUGGUUGGCAUCACUGAAGGUUCUUUGAUUUAAUUCAUGUUUUGUCAUCACGAUGUGGCAAAACGUUCCCUUUCUACUCUGGCGCUACUAGAGCAUAUGCUGUCUAGGCACCGUUUGUGUGGCUUUUCUGUAUCAGGUGUUUCAGUAACUUUUCAAAGCACUUGUAAGAUGUUCAAGGACAAGAAUUAUUACUCCUAUUUCUGUCAUACCACACGAUGACUAACACAGUUUUAAGAUCACUCCAUCACGUAGGGCAACAUUUUGUAGAAUCAGUCCUUUGUGUACCAACUUCAGUGUUUUUGUACUAUUGUUAAUUUGCUGAAAAUUUUAUUCAAGAAAAUCACUUGCUAUAUAAAACUAACUAUAAAAGUAAAUACAAUGAAUACAAAAUAAUAUUGUGAGUUUUUAUAAAAAUUUUAAAAUGAUACACAAAUAAUAAAUUUGAUGUUUUUGCAAUGCCCUAACCACUUCUUUCAUGUAAUCUUAACAUCUCUUUGAAGAAAAGAUUGUUUUCUCAUUUUACUGAUUCAGUAUACUGUAUUAUUUGAUGCCAGAGCCAAUAAAGACUGCAGUGUAGGCAGUUUCCAAAGUUAAUUAUGUCUCUUAGUUUGCCUAGGUUUCUUUUGUAUCUCUUACUGAUUCAGUCAGCCAUAGUUUUCAUCCCCUUUUCCAAUACACUCAGCUAACUCCUCAUCCCACCUGGUUCUGCAUGUGAGAGUGCAGAGAACUGAGAGAUAGCUAAAUGUUGUUACUUGGAAAAGGCAUGGGGAGGGGGAACUUCUGUGAAGGGAGAACAGAAAAUGAAGGAUUAGAAAGAAGACUUGGGUCAGCUGCCUCGGGGAGAACAACUUUAAGAAAAAGACAAAGAUGUUUAGAGGAAAUUUUGUGGAGUUUUGCCUGGGGGUUUAUGAUGUCGGCACUCUUCCCCAGCUCCCUACAAAGGCCCCAAAGUGGCUUUUAUAAAGGAAUGACAUGGAGGGGGGGAAGUGCCCCAUUUUAGUGUUACAUCCUUCCUUAUGGUACCAGUGAAAUGUAUUGAUUGUUCCCCCAAUCCUUGCAGAAUUUUAAAUAAAAACAUCUCCCCAAUUUAUUGGGUAUUUUUUAGGUGUGAAAUGGUACUGUGGUUAUGUUUUUUUUAAAAUCCCUAUCUUUCAGUGAUAUGUAUGUAAAUUUUACAGAUAAAUGAUAUGCUACUAGUAUUUGAUUCAAAAUCUGAGGGUGGGAUACGUGAGCUUAUAGAUGAAACAAGAUUGGCAAUAAAUUGAUAAUUGUUGAAGCUGUAU